AUGCACAACCAGCCCUGGAAAUGGCACAGAAACAGCAUCAAGAAGCCCUUAUCACAAAGAUAUGAAUUGCUUAAAGGGGUGGACCCCAAAUUCUUAAGGAACAUGCAUUUUGCCAAGAGGCAUAACAAGAAGGGCCUGAAAAAGAUGCAGACAAACAAUGCCAAGGCCAUGAGUGCAGGUGCAGAGGCCACCAAGGCCCUUCUAAAGUCCAAGGAGGUCAAGCCCAAGAUCCCAAACAGUGGUAACCACAAGCUCAAUUGCCUGGCCUACAUUGCACAUCCCAAGCUUGGGAAGCAUGCUCAUGAGUGCAUAGCCAAGCAUCUGAGACACUGCCCACCAAAGUCCAAGGCCAAGGAUAAAACCAAGUCUCAGGCUCUGGCCCCAGCUCAGGUUACUGCUUGUUCCCAGUAA